AUGGUACCAGCACAAUGGUCCGUUCAAAAUCCCUGGACACCACGAAACAAUCAGAGCUGUGGGAAUGGAUCCUUCAGGAAAUGCCAACGUUCUAGCUAUCGUACUAUCAACGGCUCUUGCAACAACCUUGAGAAUCCCACGUGGGGUAUGGCGCAAACACGUUACGCGCGAUUACUACCCGCAAUAUACUCAGAUGGCGUUUGGACACCCGCACGAGCAAGAAGUGGAAGGCCUUUGCCUCGAUCACGACUUCUCAGUCAUCGAUUAUUUCCUGAGGUGAGGAUCAAAGAUCCGCAAUGGACACUUGCCACUAUGCAGUGGGGUCAAAUCAUCACUCAUGAUAUGGCAGAAUUGGGAACUUUGUCUAUGUUUAAUGCUCAAAGUGGCCCAUGCUGUACAAACGACAAUCGCCUAGCUUUGAACAACCUCGACGAUCCAACAUGUUUCCCAAUCGUCGUAGGUCCUGAGGAUCCUGAUUACAGAAAUCAAGAAUGUUUAACAUUCCAGCGUGCUAUAACCGAUCGCCUUCUGGGUUGUUCCCAGGGACAGGGUUCCACUGAACAGAUAACAAUGGUAACUCAAUUUCUGGAUCUUUCCCUCCUGUACGGAUCGUCAGACCAAACUGCUAUGAAUCUUCGUGCCCUGGUAGAUGGACGCCUCAAGACCGAAAUAAGGAGUCAGAGGGAAUGGCCGCCGACUAACCUGAAUGCCUCUAUGUCAUGUGAUAUCCGAUCGCCCAAUGACGUGUGUUACGUCGCUGGGGAUGAUCGAGUUAAUCAGAACACUCAACUGACUGUUCUCCAAAUUAUUCUCCUUCGUGAGCAUAAUAGAAUCGCCGGAGUACUAUCACGAAUCAAUCCACAUUGGAACGAUGAAACAAUUUAUCAGGAGACUAGGCGUAUUACAAUCGCCAUCAAUCAGCACAUAUCUUACUACGAAUGGCUGCCCAUAAUGAUCGGUUCCGAAAAUGCCUUAAGAUAUCGGAUUGUCUAUGAUACUGAUGAUUAUAUCGAUGAUUAUGAUCCCAGUGUUAAUCCAGCCGUUCUUAAUGAACAUUCUAAUGCCGCCUUCCGUGUUUUCCAUUCUCUUAUCGCUGGAUAUCUCAAGCUUGUGAUGGAAGAUCGUUCUCCUUCGCAAAGUUUGUUGAGACUCAGUGACUGGUUCAUGAGGCCUAGCAUUAUUGAACAGGUUGAUAAUAUGGACGCAUUGACUAGGGGCCUUGCGGAUCAGCCCGAACAGACAAGAGAUGAAUUUUACGACAGGGAGAUUACUCUGUUCUUGUUCCGGGGUAGAGAUAGACUAGGUGGGGAUUUGAGAGCUAUUGAUAUUCAAAGAAAUCGCGAUCAUGGAUUGGCCAGUUACAAUGAUUACCGGGAUUUUUGUGGUCUUAGAAGAGGUCGAACUUGGAAUGAUUUUGAUGAUACCAUUUCAAUACAGAAUGUCGAAAAAUUGUCGCUAUUAUACGAAACUCCGGAUGAUGUCGAUUUAACGAUUGGUGGUUCUCUAGAGGAAAAUGCACCAGGUGCAUUAAUAGGACCGACUUUCCUUUGCAUCGUGAUUGAGCAGUUCUAUCGUACGCGAGUUGGUGAUCGAUUCUGGUAUGAAUCUCCGAAUCCCGACGUUACAUUCACUCGAGAACAAUUGAGAGAAAUUCGAAAAGCAAGCAUAGGCAGGCUGUUAUGUGAUAACAGUGAUAAUAUCCGGAAUAUGCAGCGCAGAGCAUUCGAAAUUCCAUCACCAAUGAAUCCAAUCACAAGCUGCACCGAUCUACCAGAAAUUGACUUGACCCUAUGGAAGGAUUUUGCACCAUCCCUAGCUACACAACCAAAAGACGGCCACCAUCACCUAACUCCCUACAACUUGGAUCUACUAUAUAAAAAAUGAUUACUUUAGCACUACCAUCAGUCGUCAUUGUAUUCAAUCUGUUGUAUAAUUGUUAACAGUUACCAUCUUCUUUCUAUUUUUGUUUAUUACCAUUCUUGUUUUAUUUUUGUUUUUGAUCAUUAGUUUUUUUCUUUAUAAUUAAU